ACGUACGAGUCGGUGGUGCUCGUGGUGAUCGCGGUCCACGCGGAUCUCUACGCUUUAGGCUCCUAGAGUUUUCACUUGCGUGUUCAUCGCGAUUUCCUCAGUUGUGGACUAUCCACGGCACAGAUCAUCAACGGUUUUAAAAGUGCCGUAAGGACGUGUAUAAGGCUUCCUGCUUAUUUCUGUCUAGAGAGAGAAUAAAAGUAUCAUCAUCACCACCAUGGCGUUCGCAGGCUUAAAAAAACAGAUUAACAAAGCAAAUCAGUAUAUGACAGAGAAGAUGGGCGGAGCGGAAGGAACCAAGCUCGACGUUGACUUCAUGGAUAUGGAGAGGAAAACGGAUGUCACGUAUGAGCUGGUAGAGGAGUUACAAAUGAAAACGAAAGAGUUCCUUCAGCCAAAUCCAACUGCAAGAGCGAAGAUGGCCGCGGUCAAGGGCAUCAGUAAGCUCAGCGGUCAGGCAAAAGCCUCGACUUACCCCCAACCAGAAGGUGUUCUCGGCGAUUGCAUGCUUAUUUAUGGAAAGAAAUUGGGAGAGGAUAGUAUUUUCGCUCAGGCUCUGGUUGAAAUGGGCGAGGCAAUGAAGCAGAUGGCGGACGUGAAAUAUUCUCUGGACGACAACAUUAAACAAAACUUCCUGGAGCCUCUGCAUCAUUUGCAGACCAAAGACUUGAAAGAAGUGAUGCAUCACCGGAAAAAGCUUCAGGGACGAAGGCUGGACUUCGAUUGCAAGCGGAGACGUCAAGCGAAAGCAACUGGAAAAAGAUCAGCCAGUCCUCAUUUUGGAAGUCCAGUGAAGUCUUCUUCACCAUACACUGGUUCUCACGUUUCAGACGACGAGAUUCGUCAAGCAGAAGAGAAAUUUGCAGAGAGUCUCCAUCUGGCACAAUUAGGCAUGUUCAACCUUUUGGAGAAUGAUGUUGAACAAGUGGCACAGUUGGCAACAUUCAGUGAAGGUCUCCUGGAGUACCAUCAGCAGUGUACUGAGAUUCUAAGAACACUAACAGAGACACUUUUGGAGAAGAAAGACGAGGCAGCGAACAAACCAAAAAUGGAAUUUAUACCGAAGACAUUGGCCGAUUUACACGUCGAUGCAUUACCUACAUCGGAUGCUAUGAACGGUGGGAACUUCUCCUUCCACGGGGCAAGUCGAGCCGGGUCUCCGAUUCAUGGGGAUGGGAAGCGCUCGCAGCUCGAGCUAUUUCCAGCCGGAAACCCGCCACAAUCUGCCAAUGGGCAAGAAACUUCACCCUUGCCAUCUCCGAGCAAAUCGCCAGCCAGGACUCCGAUGACAAGACAACCUUGCUGCACAGCUUUGUACGAUUUCGAGGCAGAAAAUCCUGGAGAACUCGGCUUUAAAGAAAACGAUACGAUCACUUUGACCAAGAAGAUUGACGAGAACUGGUUCGAGGGUAGCCUGAACGGUCGUACGGGUUAUUUCCCAGUAACUUACGUGCAAGUCGUAGUGCCAUUACCUUAAGGAGACGCGGUGCGUCUCGAAACCAAAGACCCUGCAUUCGUUCAUCAGCGUUUACCACGAGAAUUACCUUAAAUUAACAAACAAUUAGCCUAAAAAUCUCUCUUUCAAGAUUACUCUCUUCUCUACUGAAAUCACUUAUUGCGUUAUGGUUCGCUUAUUCGAAACGGAUGAAUCCUCAAGUUCUACUCUAUUUACUUAUUUUAUUUCUUUCCUUUUGUCCCCAGGGAUAGCUCUAUACGCAUGUUAAUGUACAUAUAUAAUGUUAUAGUGUCUUUUAUCGACGUAAGGACCUUCGCGCGCGCAGAUACAUAUAUAUAUAACACAUGACUUACAGUACUACAAUUAAGUAUGAAUACACGUAUACACGUACACGAGAUAUACAUGUACACACAAUAUUAUACAUCAUGAAGUACCUACGAUGGCAGUCCACUGUCAAGGGCGGCUCUUUUCUCACUUUUUAAUGUCGCCUUAUGUGUCAUCGAUUUAAUAUCAUUAAUUUCUCACCAAAGUUUUAUUGCACAAAGACAUCAGAGCGCCAAGACUGCAUUGAAAUUUUUCGAAAUACUUUUUACCUCAAGUAUUUUCCCGUUCAUUCGAUCAACAAUCAUAUACUCGUUUAGUAGACAUAGAACAAAAUAAUAUUGCCUAUUAAGUGAUCUGCUCGGAAUCGAUUUUUCAAUCAUAAAUAUUUAAAUCACUCGAUACAUCACGUUCAUAUUUCAUGAUUUCAUUGAACGUUCAUGUUUUCAUGUUGUAUAUUUUUUUCCAUACAUUUGUUAUUUGUUCAUGAUGUUCUCAAGUGCAUUGUUCCUAAUAUAAGGGGAGAGAGAGAGAGAGAGAGAGAGAGAGAGAGAAAGAGAGAGAGAAAUAAUUGAAAUCAUGUCAUCCAUCUUGCGUUGGUCCGCACGGCGCAGCAAAGAAGAAGCCACAUAAUUCGUAUUAUUAAUAUGGAUUCGUAUGUUGUAUAGUAAUUCCUUUUCAUUCCUCUAUCAUUUUUUCAACGUUUAUCUCGUAUCAUUUGUCAUUUUUUUUUAAUCAUUUAGGUGACACUGACUAGAGAGUUAGAAUUUAGUUAAGCGACCUUCAAAAUGGCGGCGAACCUCUUCCACGAAGUCGUCGAUUAAUAUUUAAUGAAUAAUUAGAGAUAUUCCAUGUUUUUCAUUCUGACUGUUUCGAGUCGUGACGCAGAAUAUGAUUAACUAUGUAUUUCUGUCAGUCAGCAUUUCUAAUUCAUUUAAAACUCGUUAAUUCUGAGUUCCUUCUGUGUUAUAUACUCAAAUUGUCUUCUUUUUUUUAAGAUUUUAGUUCUUGUUAAGUGUAACUUUUUAGCAAAUUAAUUCGAAUGACUAGUAAAACGCAAUACUUUCGGAAGAAAAUAGAUUUUACUUUAUUAAGUAUUUUUAAGAUUAGAUAUUUUAAUUUCUAUCCUUCCUGGACUUUGUACGAGAGUUCAACCGCCAGAACAAUGAAAGUAAUUAAGGAACUUGGUUAUUUGUUGCCACGUGGAUUUUAGGUAAAAAAUCUUCAAACAAAAUAUUUGCUAAGCAUAAUAUUAUGAUAAUGUUAGAGUAUAUAACUUACAUAUUAUAUACAUAUACAAUAUAUAUACAUAUAUGUUGUCGAUGACGGCGACAACAGUGAUGACUACGACGAUGGCAUUAUUAUUACUGGUACUCGUAUAUUUUUCCAUUUACUGUUACAAUGAAAACAUUUUCCAUGAUGAAAAACGUUCUUGGCCUUACCUUAUAUUUUUAACUGUUCCAAUAUAGUUUCAUAUAGUUGGUAUUUUAUGAAUUAUAACAGUUCGCUAAGAACAACGUUCCAAUGUGAGUGCGUUCCAUGAUUAAAAAUUUUAUGACUAGGAUCUUUCCUAAUGUAGAGAUUAUAACAGAUUACAAAAUUUCAAAUCCGCAUAUAAUUUACGAUAGCUUAUGUAAAUUCAUAUUUUUAUGUGUAUAUGGAUAUGAGGACUUCUUUCAUCCUCUAAAUAUUGUCGUCGACACUUUGAAUAUUUUGUAUACUUUUUCAUUACAUACAUUUCCUACAAAUGCAUAAGGUCUGCAAUCUAAUUAUUAACCAUUUAAUGUACAUAUUCAUGAUACACAUUUCAUUUAAUUUAACCAAUAUUAAAAUUUAAUCUAUAUAAAUUUUUAUAAUAUAACUAAUUUCACUGUUUAUUUUAUGAGCGAAAUGAAAAGAUUAACAAUUAUUACCUGUUGAUGUUUUCCUGAACUCGUUUUGGUUGUCAUGAUGAUAAAAAGGAAAAAGAGAAUCCUAACUUCAAGAAAGAUAUAAAUUAUAACACGUUUUAUUUCUUGAAGAUACAAGAUAUAAGAAUCGAGGAGAAAUGAAUUGUGACGUUGUUCUUACAAUGUUUAAAAUUCUUAAGAACGAAACCUAUAGUUUGACUUGCCACUUGGAAAAUCGUUCCGAGUUAUCAGCUGAUGUAUUUGAAUACCACACUACUAUCGUCAUCAGCGUUCAGUCAUUGCGAAGAUGAAACAGAAAGAGAAAAAAAGAAAACGAAGAAGAAGAGACAUUCAUAUAAUUUUAUCUAUUGUAAUUCAUCAUAAGUCGCAUAAAAUCUUUUCUGACAAAAAAAAAAAAAAAAAAAAAAUCGAAGUGUUAUCGAUGUUGUGCAAUAUUAAAAUUUUAACGUCAUGCUGUUUAAGUCACGAUCGCUGGAUCAGUGUUUCUCAAAGGCACGAUUGAAGAAAAGGGAAAAGAUAAAUCUGAUAAUAGAUAAAAAAAAUGCCUUCGAUGUUAGAUAUCAAUGAUCUUUCGAAUGAAAGCGUAAUCUUAUUACGUAUUUCUUCUUUCGAGCAAUAGAGAAACAAAACUCUCGUUCUUUGUGAUUUUUGUCUUCGGCAGAGCAAAACGACGCGAAAGAACGUAACAAUUGUAGCGACUAGGUGCCAUACAGAGAAUGUAUUCGUAAUUAUAAUUGCCGAAAAUGUGACAGCUUAUAGCUACAAAACCACAGGUUGUGAUAGCCUUAUGUUCUUUCGAGCGUUAGCCGCUGCUAGAGAAUUUCGUCAAUUAAUAAAAAUACGCGAAUUAGUGAGGCGUGAGUUUCAUCUUCCAAGCGUUGUCGAGAAUCGUUGAGAGAUAUAUAGUUAGAUAAAAUCAUGAUUGGGAAGGUUGGGAAUCCUGUAACUUGCGUCCACAUGCAAACGAUAGCAAUAUAAGUAUCCUCCUGGAACGAGAGACAUAUCAUCGAGGUUAUCUUUUUGCGGUUUGAGAAACACUGCACUGGUACAUACAUACAUACAUAUGUACGUUUAAAAAAAGAGUAUCAUGAGGGAUUUAUUCUCAUUGAGUGAUAAUUAUUGUUGCCCUCGCGGACCUGUAACAACAAUCUCUGUCAACUGGGAAUUAUAAUACGAUCGACGAUCGUCGAGGAAAAUAAAAGGAGAACGAGAUGAAACGAUCUAUGAAUAACUAAAAAUAACAGAUCGGUAUCUUACUCUAUAAAUGUUGGCUAUUGUUAAAUGUUGAAUAUUGUUCUGCGGAGGGCUUGCCUCCUUUUCGAACGAUGUAGCACGCUCGAAGCUUCGAAUUGACUAUUCAUUUUAAAGAAUUAUUUUAGCAGUUUUAUAGUGAUUAUUAGACUGCGAAUAUUUAUGUAUUGAAUUUAUAUUAUAUAUUUAUGGAAAUCUCAAAGUGCAAAAUUACAUAAAAUAUUCGAAGUAUAGUGAAACAGAUCUUUGCUUAGAUUUUAUUUUCUUAAUUAUAUUAAAAAGAGUGUAAAUGCUUACAGUCUAGUAAUCGUUAUUCUUGUUUUUCUUUUUUUUACCUUUCUUAAUGGCGACGAAGAAGCAUUUUAUAUAUAUAAGUACAUAUGUAUGCGUAUGUUUUCUAGGUUAUAUUUCUUAUAGAAAUGCGUUAUUUGUAAUAUGUAUAUGUAGGUAGAUUUAUGAUUUUAGAGUGUUCUGAAAAUUCGUAGCGAAAGUUAAGAAAAAUUUAACUGGAAUUGGAAUUUUUGCAAUCUAUAAUUUCACGAAUUUAUUUUUAAAAAAUAGUAAUGGGUUUCCUCAAAUAGGUUUUACUGCCUUCUAGAGUAUUUCACUUUUUUAUUUUUCGAAUAAGCUUUACAAAGAGCGCAAUAAAUAACAAUGAGACUAUACCAUAUUCAGUGAAUGAGACAAAGGUGAAUCUAUCAGUUACGACUCAAAAUUUCUUGAAUGUAUGAGAUUUAACAUCGUUUCAAUGAAAAAAGGAAACUUAUUUUAUUAACGUAUUUUCGGUGUUCCUCCUUAAUUUUCAGCGAACGUUUCAUUAUUCAAUAGAAAUCUAUAAUAAAAAUGCUACGAACUUUUUGAAAAAAACAUUAUUUCAAGUAGCGUAUUUUAUGUAGAGGUUAACUUAUUUUCGAACGCAUAAAUUUCGUUCGGAACGGCAAGCUCUCCGCAUUUUAAUUGUAAUCUAACUAUUUCGGGGUCGGGCCGACAUUGAAUCUAUCGCCCCCCGCAGUCACUGAGCAUCCUUGGUCUGGAAAACUCGAAUUACAGACGCUAUCCUUUUUUCUUCUUAUCUUAUAUAGUUUAGCUUUUCAUUGUUCUUUUAUAACCCACGGUUCUUUAUUCGAAACUCUUCCUUUCGAAUUUCUCGUGAUUCUGGUCCACUUAUAUUUUGUAAGCGUCAAAAUGUUUGGAAUCCAUCGAGAAACACGAAAGAAAGAGGGAUAUUUUUCUUCCUUUGUUCUUUUUGUAGGUUAUGUUUUUUAAGUUUCUUGUCUCUGAUCUCGUUUUCUUGUUAAUUUGUUUGGUUGUCCUUGACAAAGUGCGAAGAGACGACCAGUGGAUGCAACGCAGUGAUACUUUCAGACAAUACAUUACAAAUAAUUACACUUAUAUUAAUAAAUUAAUCUAUUAUGAUUAUUGAACUUCGAUCGAAGAGGAAUAUACGAUAUGUACUCGAUUUCGAUCAAUGCUAAAUAAUUAUUAUCACUAAUUAAGAAAUAAAGUGUGCUCUAUGUCAUGCUA